AUGUCGGUAGAAGAUAAUGUGUCUGCUCUCAAAGUUCUGAAAAGUGAGUUUGACAACUUUAAAGAUGAAAAAUGGAAAAAAGUUUGCCGAAAGGUGAUGAAAUUAAAUAAUAUUCUUGAUAAAUGCGCAAUUUUUGCCAGUGCAAAUAUGAAUAAAGUGCCUUCGCUGGACAAAUUUGUGCAAAUAAAUUUUAAAAGUAUUAGAAAAAAGCUAAAAGAAAUGCUCGAUAUACAACAGAACGACGAUAACUGCAAAAUCAAGGCGAACAAAAUGUUCAUUAAAAAAUCGUUUUUCUCAAUGAGCAACGUUCAGAAAUCCCACAGAAAUAACGUCAUUGAUUAUUUAAAAUCUAUUGAAAUAAACGUCAUCUCGUGCUACCCAGUCGUGAAACGCGCAGAUACUUCAACAACUGACAACACCAGCAAUGACGACACAGAGUCAACAAUGUUCAAAGUGUGCAUUGAAAGCUGUGACGCUGCCAAAAUGAAAAACCCCGACCUCAUCCUGCAGUACAUCAUCAGACAUUAUAAAGAUGAUUUGUUCCACGUCCUUCAUAUAAACAUAAGAAGUUUACUGAACAAAUCAGAUGAUGUUUAUGAAUUCUUGCAAGAAAUAAAUUUAGAGGCAGAUAUCCUUGCAAUUACUGAGAGCUGGCUCAAUGAUGAUAACGAAAAUUUAAUAAAUAUUGACGGAUAUACAUUUGAAGGCAAACACCAAACGAGAAAACAUGGAGGAGGCAUUGGUUUCUACAUCAAACAAAAUCUUCAUUAUAAAAUUCGUGAUGACAUAACAAAUUUAAAUGAUGAAAUUGAAUUUUCUGUUGUAGAAAUCUUGAAUAAACCUGCCGUAAAAAUGUUUUAA